UUUCAUUGGAAUAUGUGACUUAACACUUCAUAAUUACCAUCGACUUUCUAAAAUUCCAACCUCUGCUCUCUGUUUCAUUACGUAUUCACCAAUUUUUAUCACUAAAUACGGCAAAUUAUCCAAUUAACAAAAUUAUCACUUAUUUUUCCGUAUAAAUACUAUAAGAAAACCUUACGAUCUAACCAUUAGAAAUAAUUUUAUUUCUCAAAAAUGAUGAAUGUAAUCUUGUUCACUUUGUGUAUUUGUCUGUACACAAAUGGUUACCCAACGGACAAAGAAAAAUCAGAAGAAAUCCAAACAACCGAAGAACAAUUAAAAGUAACUGAAACCAGUUUGAAUAAAGAAUCUACAGUUAUUAACCCGACUGAAACAAUAACUUCUAAAAAAGAUGAAAUAAUUUUUGUUACAAAUCCAACCCCUACAUUAGGAACAACCACGGUGUAUCUUAAUUCAACUAAAUCACCUGUACUCGAUGGCGAAGGUGAUAAAAAAAUCGAAAACAAUUCAGAUAACAAAACAAAUCAAGAAAAAAUUGUAAGUUCUCCUCUGCCUACGAUUACCACCGUGAAAACAGAGGAUUCUUCAUUACCGGAUAAAAAUAAGGACGAAGAAAAAGUUAUUGCUGAAGACAGUACAUCUAAAAAUGAGACUCAAUCUACUUUACCCGAUGAAUGUAAAGAAGAGAAGGAAAAAAUUAAAAGGCAUGCUGAUCCCGAACCGGGACGUAAUAAAUUUCGAGAAGCGUGUGCUUUUGCUGUUGUGGGGUAG